CAUCGAAUAUGCUUAAAGAACAAAAUGGCGGCUGUGGCAAAGUUUUCGCCGCCCGUAUGAGAAAUUCGCAUUCAUCAAGAUUGAAUAGUUCACGGUAAACGUUAAUCGUCUAGCAACCGUGUCUGGGUUAUGUAGCUAAGACCGCGAGUGAAAAUUCGUUGGUGUCGUAGUACGUCGAGACAGCCCGAUGCAGGUCGCGCGCAAUUCUCGUAACUCAAAUCAUGACUUCGAUGCUAUCCAGCUUUAACCCGCCUAUCGUUAAACGAUUGUUGGGUUGGAAAAAAGCAGAAGGAGAAGACAAAUGGAGUGAAAAAGCUGUUAAAAGUCUGGUUAAAAAGUUAAAAAAAUCCACCGGCCUCGACGAACUCGAGAAGGCCAUUACUACGCAAAGUUGCAACACUAAGUGCAUUACUAUACCGAGGCCUAGCCCAGGCGGUGUCGGUGACAACGGUGUCCAAGGAGUACGCGGCAAAGGAUUGCCGCACGUGAUCUACUGCCGACUUUGGCGCUGGCCAGAUUUGCAGUCGCACCACGAACUAAGGGCAAUCGAGCAUUGCGAGUACGCGUUCACGCAAAAACGGGACGAAGUCUGCAUCAACCCGUACCACUAUCAACGAAUACAAACACCAGUUUUGCCAGCCAUUCUCGUACCACGGCAUACCUUGGCCGGGGACGAGUCCGUCCUAUACAAUACUUCCAUCGAGGAGCUCAGUGUCAGCGUGCCAGAAAACACGAGCUUCCACGCGACAUUAAAUCAUCAGCAUCAUAAUCAACAAAGCAUACCGCAGUCACCGCAACAACAGCAGCAACAGCAACAGCAACAACCACCGAACAAUCCGUAUCAAGGAAUGCAGAGUAUGCAGGCGACAAGUCCGGCUAGCGUUGGGAGCCUAGGAAGUGUUCAGGGUUCACCACAUCCGGCGCCUGGGUCCAUGGAUCCUCCUGCCGAUACUCCACCUCCGGGAUAUAUAAGCGAAGAUGGUGAUAACAUGGAUCACAACGACAACAUGUCCUUAUCGCGUUUGUCUCCCAGUCCUGUCGACGCACAACCAGUUAUGUAUUGCGAACCAGCAUUUUGGUGUUCGAUAAGUUACUACGAGCUGAAUACGAGAGUAGGCGAGACCUUUCAUGCGUCGCAACCGAGCAUAACGGUGGACGGAUUCACCGAUCCCAGUAACUCCGAACGUUUCUGUUUGGGUUUACUGUCGAACGUUAAUCGUAACACCGUGGUUGAACAGACGAGACGACAUAUCGGGAAAGGAGCUAGAUUAUACUACAUUGGUGGUGAGGUGUUUGCCGAAUGUUUAUCGGAUUCGAGCAUUUUUGUUCAAAGUCCUAAUUGUAAUCAACGUUAUGGUUGGCACCCUGCCACUGUUUGUAAAAUACCACCUGGUUGCAAUUUGAAGAUCUUCAAUAACCAAGAAUUUGCCGCAUUGUUAUCGCAAUCAGUUUCCCAAGGAUUCGAAGCAGUGUACCAGUUGACUCGUAUGUGCACGAUCAGAAUGAGUUUUGUAAAGGGUUGGGGAGCAGCGUAUCGUCGGCAAACCGUGACAUCGACUCCUUGUUGGAUAGAGUUGCAUUUAAACGGUCCAUUACAGUGGCUCGAUAGGGUACUCACGCAGAUGGGAUCGCCGCGUUUACCCUGUUCCUCAAUGUCAUAAGGUUGUAUGCUUUCUCCUUGAUGGAUGCGGGGAAAACAGGGACAAUUCGCAUGCUGUCAUUGUUGUCGUCGUUGUGUACAUUGGUUUUUCUUACCGCGGAUUUAUUGUUUUAUCCGAAUUCUUUCCAACCAUCACCGACCACAGUGAUAAACAGUGCAAGAAAAAUAGAUACGAUCACCGUUUUUACGAAGCGUAUACGUGUAUCCUAGCUUGAAAAGUGCAUGGAAUACGAGAUCGUGUUCGAAGUGCCAGAAAAGCAUUCGUUCGGACGAAUGAAAAUAAAACUGGCGAUCGGUUAGUUAUAGAAACGCUCAAGUGCUCGAAUCGCGUUGCUUCGUCGAUGUUUCCUACGAAGAAAAGGAAAGGACGAUGUGCGGGCAAAUGAGUGAAGAUGAGACCGGUUGAAAAUAUCAUUUAUACAGCUAUCACCAGUACAGAAAACCAAUUUUUCAAUAAACUGGGACAUUACGGUUGAGAAUAACAAAUAACAAAAUAAGUAGAUACUAUUGACUCACUUACCGCAUUAAUAUGUGGAUAUAGUGCUUUACGAUCCAGGGUUACGAAUCCGAUUUUAACUGAAUUAACAUGGGCGAAAACAAGCGCGACUCUGUGUGUGCAUGUGUGUAUGCACGUAUACAUAUGGGCGUACGUUUGUAUCCAUAUAUGUAGGUGCAUAUGUAUACGUGCAUCACAUUAAAAAAAGCUCAGUCUUUACAUAUUUUUAUCGCUUGUUAAGUCAAUGCACUUCAGUCGUACAGUAUACGUCAGCCCUUACAAAAUAAUACAUAUUAUGUACGUUCACACUGUUUAUAGUCUGCUGAGAAGAAUUUCUAUAUAGAGUGGGUAAACGUGUAUACCCGUUGAAAAGUUUCUAACAGCACUGGUCUAUUUGGAGUCUUUGUCAGUGUUUUUCCUACGAAUAAAGCGUUAAAAAAAAGAAACACAUCUGUAAAGUCUAUUUCUCUUACACGAUAACGAUACGGAAGGAUUACAGUGUUCAACAUGUACGUAACUAUUUACACGUUUCAUUAACGUUAUUACAUCCUUGGAUGGACCAGAAUGUUCAAAUAUUCUCAUAAUGGAUCGCAUCAGGACGGAUAGUUAUGUUUCUGCGUAUUUGGAGGUUUUGUGAAUGGUUAGUCAGUUCAGACGAAUCAUUCAGCACAUAAUGCGGACAAUGUUUUAACAGACAUUUCUGGGUCGAAAUUGAAAAUGUUGUUACGUAUUAAGGUGUCUUAUCUCGAGUAAUUGAUAUUCUUAUUAAGGAUAAGCGCUAUAUUUCUUAACGUUGAUAGGAGUACUAAGCGCACGAAGUCUAUGGUAGACAGAUAUAUCUAUUUACUUGAUAUCGCAUGGAAAAAAUUGAUCAAUACUUCAGAAAAUUAUGUACGUAUAUUUACUAUCGAGCAUCUAAAACUUUAUGCGCCACAUAGCAAACGUUAACCGUAUGAGUGCCACGAAUUAUCGCAAAAGUUAAUCGGCAAGAGCCAAUCUUAUCCUUUUAUCAAUCUCUGUUACAAACAAUUUACAAUAUCCAUUAUUAAUUUAGUUGUUUAUAAUUUAAAAUUAUUAUUGAAGUUUCUGUAUUGUAAUAUUUCUGUAUGACAGAUGCGAUGGCAUUUUCCGAUAUAGCAUGUGAGCAGCGUAAUCACGUUGUGUGGCACUUAGAGGGUUAAAAAGCACACUUUGGUGUUGAUAUUCAGCGUAGCGAAUCACUUGUUAUUUAAAAAUCGUUGCAGGAAUGUUGGUUUGUUGUAUAGGAUCGUAAACGAUGUUUUUUUUUAUGAAGAAAACAUGUUUUUGCAUGCAGAAGAUAAUCAAUCAUUUGAUUAUACUAUAAGCUUUGAAAUAAUAUAAUUGAAAUGUCUUCUGAAAUUUUAUAUGAAACUAAUGAACGUAGGAAAAGCGCAUACAGUUUUCGAGCGAUACAAAAGGCACAAUAAAAUGAAAAUCUAUAAGGAUAAGGAAACUUUAUCAAGAGAGAGUGCAAGAAAAUAAUGGUCUGGCCUUGAAUGUGAGAUGCUUUUAGAUAUAUCGAGCACAUUGUUUCUACACUAUUUUAAAUUCAUUUACAAAUUGUUUUAGAGUCGAGUGUAUUAAAAAGUUUCUAUUUUAUUCUAGAAUUUAUAAAAUAUUUCAUAUUCGAGACUAACCGAAACAAAAGGAAAACAAUUUUUAGAAACUUCAACGUCUUUCACGUAGAACAUAUGAACAUAAAAAUGAGAUAACGAAGUUACGUAUUUUAUUAUAUUAUGAGAUAUAUAUUAAUAUCGAUGUACGAAUAGUCUUUGCACCAAGUGCAUGGAUUCAGUUAUCUUCUUCUUCUUUUUUAACAGAAUAAAUUUUUAAAAAUAAUCUAUACACGACUUCUAUGGAGUCUUUAUGUACGAUAGGGGCCAAUUGCACGCACAGAAUGUGAGAUUUGAUCUCAACAAAAACGUCAAGUCUUAUAAGGAAUCGGUUCCUUUUUUUAUAUAUUUUUUGCCAGCAUCGAUCAUUUUACAGUUUUUCUAAUUAACUUUUGAAAUAGUAGACAAUUGGUUUAAUCAUUAAUUCGUGUAUAAAACUGUAUAAAUUUUAUCAAGUAGAAAGGAACGAUCGAAUGUUUCCGUUAAUUAUUAAGGCAAAGAAAACAUUGUCGUGAAUGAUCGCAAAUGCGAAAAAUCUAUUUUUUUAAUAGUGUCUUAAUCGUUUUGACGAAGAAACAUUAUGUGCUAAGUUUUUAAUCACUUUAAUGAAAAGGCAAGUGAUUUUUGAUCCAUUAUAGAUACAUAACAAUUCUCAUGAAUCGAUCGACGUCUUUUGUUCGUAUUAUGUAGCUGAUCACACUGUAAUAACCUAUAUCAUUUUUCUAAUAUUUUAUUUUUCUUUUUUUUUUUUUUUUUUUUUUUUUUUUUACUGUUUACAGACCUGCCUUUUGUACGUCGUUAAAUCAAGAAAUACGUCAGUGACGAAGACGAUUCGUGAAUUUACUGAUUACAAAUUUUUAUCGAAUCGAUACCAUGUUCCAAUGAUUGUGUUACAUUACCAAUUCUAGAAGAAUAUCGAAGGGAGGACGAGCUUGGGCAGUAGCUAUGGAAAAGAUAGUCAAAAAAACGAGAUUUUAAGCGAUAUAAUUUUAUUGAUUCUUAGGUAGUAUUAUUAAUUGUACAAUGUAAUAACACGAAUACGUUGAUCUUAUACAAGGAUAUUUCCUACUUCUAAUCAACAUGCAUAUCUGAUGUUUCAUUCACGAGGAAAAUUUAAUGUCGUCGUAAAUUGUUCGAAAUCAUAAAAAAGACGUAUACAGACCUCGUGAAAGUCAAACACGACAUCGUCGGGCAGCUCGAAUAAUCGAAUAGUAAUACAAACGAGAAAGAAAAUAACUGUAUAUCAGUAAUAUAUGAUGCACACCUACUUGGACUCGUGUUGAUUGAUAUUGUCUCGCGUAAGGAAAAAUUAAAAUGUUUGAUCGUCGAAUACUUAACAACCACUUGCCUCUCUGUCAGACUGCCACUAGUAUAUUAAUUAAGGAAACAUGAACAGGGGAAUCGAAGAACCCGCCCUCGCCUUUCUUCGUCGUCCUGGAACUCCUACUCGUUCGUUUUACGUUAGCAUAAGAUCAAAAUAAAUACACCUAUGACGUGAAGAGAGAGACAGACCACUGAAAAACGCGUUUAAUUCGCCAAAGUAUAUUAAGUGUAGCAAUUGCCAAAGUUUUUCUUUUCUUUUUGUAAGUACAAGAACGUCGAGCCGAUUGCGACUGUAGUAGUCGUGAUUCAAAUGCGCACGAAUUGUUAAAUUAUAAACGUUCUCGUUUUUCUUUUUCCCUUACAAAUUCGUAAUUGUUACCAUUGUUACCAUUGUGUUUCUUUACUUUUAUUCUAGAUAUGUUUAGUGUCUUGACCUGCCGAACAAUCGAGCGGUCCGACGAUUUUAUAAAUUUUUAAUUCUAUAGCUACUUAUAUAUUUUGUGUGCUAAUAGACACAUGCACACAAAGGGAAGCAUCGACUAACGUAUAACUUCUACAAAUCAGAUAUUUUUUUACAUAUUAAAAAGACGUGAAAUUUUUUUGCGUGCGAUACAUUUGAUGACGGUUGUUAUCGUCGAUGUUCCCCUGGUGUGGAUGAGAUGUUUUACGAGAAUACGAGAUAAAAUCGCGAGCUUGAAAGAACGAAUGCGAGAGUAUAUAGGUGAGACGUCGAGUCGAUAAAUAUCGAGUGUGAGAUUGUAUGAUAAUUAUAAAUAAAUGUACACAUUAAGUCUAAUAAACAUGAUUCUGUCGCUUUUUAUUAA